AGUUACUAACAGUUGAGGGGGGCGGGGUAACUAUGAUACCAUUUAUUUUAAAAAGCGAUUUUAGUAGUAAACCAUCACCCAGGAACAUUUUACACCCGAAAGCAGACUAGAAUAGGGUAAGGGGGUUAACGCAUCCAAGGGUCAGGUCAGUUACUAACUUUAAAUCAACUUCUCCAGCAGACCUGCACAAGUAGCACAGAAAAGAUUCCUCGGGACAAAGUGAAGCAGCAACAGUAGCGCUAGAUAUAAGCCGAUGAAAUUCAAAUUUCCCAUAAAUAACCUUAUACCCCACCUUCUCACCCUCAAUUGGACUAUUCUUUUAAAUGUGGAGAAAGCCAAAAGAACACCAACUCGGGGUUUCUUUUAGCUUCCUCUUCGGGUUUUUUUGUUUGUUGUUUUUGUAACUGGUCAUUUUAUCACCUUUCCUUUUCUAAACACUUCCACCCCCACCCCCGGCCCUACUGCAAAGAAUAGCGUGGCCCAGGUGUUGAUUUUCAUCUCGGAGGGGCAGAGGGAGUUUAGCAGUGGUUGCAAGAGGAGAGAGAGACGAAAGGAGAAGAGAGGGCUCCGAAAAUGCCUGUCGGAACGCUUGUCAAGAAGUGAGGAGGACAGAGGGAGGGCGCUGGCUACUUGCAGAGUGGUAGGACAGCGGGGAGAGAAGGUGGGAGAAGUCCGAGACUUAGAGAAAGGGAAUUCAGAGAAACCGGCAAUGAACAAAUGAAAGAAAGGAAGACCAGCCUAAGACAGCGGAGGACCGAAGAGGCGGAGUGGGGUGGCGGGGCGCGGAGGAGCGGGGUGGUGCCUGGGGGUGGGGAGGGCUGGGCGGGGCGCUAGGCUGCACCUUGCCUAUUCUUUCGCCCGCUCCCUCUCUCCACCCCAGGGGCCGCCUGCGCCCGCCCCUCCCUGCCCCUCCUCCCAUGCAAUAAGGGGAGCGGAGGGGGGUGGGGGGAGGGGUAGCCGCGCGGCAGCACCUAAGAAGAGCAGAGCCGGGCCGGCCGUCGGGGGUGGGGGGCAGAAGAUCCAGAACAUCCCCGGCCCGGGCUGUAGCGCGCGGGGCGCUCCCCCUGGAGAGCGGGGAGAAGGGGGGGCCCCCGCCGACGCCCCCAGGCCGGUACACCUGGCUCCCCGGCGCUCCAGCCGCGCGCGCGUUUUCUGGAGCGCUUCAGCCCGUCGGGCCGGCCCGGAGCCGAAGCCAGCAUGACCUGCCUGGAGCCGUGGAUUUUGUCGCUGCUGCUGCUGUUGCCACUACUCCUGCUGAACCGAACUACCAACUUCUAUAUCAAGACCUGCUUCUACUGCGUGCUAUGCGUGGUGUUCUCCGUGGUGGCCUGCGUGGUCUGUUUCCUGCGCCAUGGGGGCCGCACCGUGCGCAACAUGAGUAUCAUCAAGAGAUUUGUCCGAAUUUUUAAGUACUUUUACGGCCUUCGGUUUGAAACGAAAGGUGAAGAGAAACUGCAUGAGGACAAACCAUGCGUCAUCAUCUCCAAUCAUCAGAGCAUUCUGGAUAUGAUGGGUCUGAUGGAGAUCCUUCCAAGAAACUGCAUCCAGAUCGCCAAGCGGGAGCUACUUUACACAGGCCCUGUGGGCCUAAUCAUGUAUCUUGGGGGUGUCAUCUUCAUCAACAGAAAGCGGACAAGCACAGCCAUGUCAGCGAUGGAGGAAGUGGGAAACAUCUUGGUUCAGAAGAAUCUGAAAGUGUGGAUUUAUCCUGAGGGAACACGGAAUGGAAGUUACGACCUUUUGCCAUUCAAGAAGGGUGCCUUUUAUUUGGCUGUCCAGGCCCAGGUGCCAAUCAUUCCUGUGGUGUAUUCGUCAUUCUCUUCCUUUUACCAGCCAGAGAAGAAAAUCUUCACAUCAGGAAAGAUCAAAGUAGAAGUGCUGGAUCCAAUCAAGACAGAAGGCAUGACGGUGGAUGACAUCCCCAAGUUGCUAGAGACCUGCCAUUCUCUCAUGAGAGAGACAUUUUUCAGAAUAUCUGACAAGCUGAAUGAAAAAGGGACCAAUGGCCCAACCUCGCAGCCUGUGCAGUAGCCCUAGACACCAUCCCCUGCCCGUCUGCCCAGGGUGAGAGGAUGAACACAGGGACCUCCUCUUUCUGUUGCCAAAUGUCAUGGUUUCCACCUCCCUGGUGCUUCCCUUUGGCUUUCAUUCUGGGUCAUCCUUUCCAGAGGCUCCGGUCCUUAUCUUGUCAGCCAUGAAUGUGGUUUCUAUUUUACACCUUUCUCUCCAUGAAUCCUCCCUGCACUUGGUCUCUGAGCCAUCCUCUCUUUUAUCCCACAUGCUGAGCACUGAAGUCCUGGGCUGUGAGUGACCCUUACUAGGGGAACCAGAUUGCCAUCUCUCUGGAGUUUGAAUGAAGACUUUUGGGGAGAAUGGGGGGAAGCACCUGUAUUUUGGGGGCUAAAGGGUCUGUCUUGUUGGCACUCGAGUUAACAUCAUUCCCUGCCCACUGUUGUCCAGCUCGGGUAUUAGGAACAAACUUUCCAGACUUCCAUUGGCACAGCAGGUAUGAAAAUGCCCAACCUUCUCCUUCCUUGUUCUCUGAGCCUUUCUCUCUCUUAAUGCUCAAGUCCUGGUACUACUCUGGGGAGCUACCAAAAUCCCCUGGAUGACAGGCAGCCUUUGCUGCUGACAAAAACUGAGGCCCUCUUUGGUACUACUUAAUUCCCAGAAACCUAAAACGAGAGGUGGUAUAGCAGAGUCCCUAAAUCCCUUGCCCACUCUUCCUGGCAUAUGGACAUAGAAGCAUUGGAUGGAGGGUGGUUUAUGUUCAUAUUCUUACAUCCUAAGCCAGGAAAGCAGAGUUCAGAAGGUUCUCCUUGUGUAUAAGGAGAACCUGCUUCUUUUAUAGACUGAGGGAGGAGAAAAGUGAGAGAAUGGCCUGAGCUCACUCGAGGGAGCUUUGGGGAGUAGCAGCCCUGGUAUGGAAGCUCCCUCUGAGCGCUAGAACCAGGGGGAGUUCCCACACCUAGUAGGGUGAUGGGCUGUUCGAGGGUUGGGGUUCAGCUGAUAGCUUGGGACUCUUCCCAAGCUAACUUUAGUCAGCGGGCCAAAGGAGAGAAACUGAUGGGUGUCUCUGACAGCAGAGACUGCUAGCUUGGACCCUGGAGGGAACAAAGUCCAGACCUUUGCCCCUUUGCCAGGGCCACAGUGGCGGCUUCCCUGUCAGCCUGCCAUUUGGGUCCUGAGGAACACGUGCAGGGAGAUGCACUAGAGGCACAAGUUCCCUGGGACCUGAGAUUGCCCGCAGCCUUUGUGGGUAGUCUUUCAGGCUGAGGGAAGAGGCUGGCACUCGGGCUUCUCUGCUGCUUGUGUUUCAUAGAAGCCGUCUGAGCUCAACAUCUUUCCUCUUGUAAUCAGUGUUUACAGAGAAGAAUAGGAGCGACCUGAUUAUCAUGGGGAGAGAAAGUUGGAGCAUCUUGCUCUCUAAGUAAUCUCAAGUUUAAAUCUAAUAGCACUUUUUACUCAGUGGGGGAGGGCAAAGCCAGAAAAAUUGAGGUGAGGGAACAUAAGGGGGGCUCUCUUGCAGCUCUGGGAGAACAACAAAUGGGGUCCGCAGCUGCCUGGGGAGUUUCUGUUGGAAAAGUGCUUCUGCCAGUCAGGUCUAAUUUUGUGAAAAAAAUGUAUGCUUGAUCUAAAUUGCACAUUUUUUGUUUUUCAUAAAGCAAUUAUUUGAAAAGCUC